AUGGACGACGACAUGGUUGCACGCAAACGCGCCGAGCGUGCUCAGCGCAAGGCGGCGGCGGCGGCCGCAGCAGCAACGAGCACACCUGCCACAGCCGAAGCGCCUCCAUUGGCACCUGAGACUGCGAUUCGGCGCCGAGCAUGGCUGCCUCUUCCGCACGUCGCCGCAACGACGCGACGCGUUCGUGUCGUGAGCUGGAAUAUGCUAGCGCAGUGCCUUGUGCGUCGUGAGCUCUUCCCAGGGAGCGACUGCUUAAAAUUCAAAACGCGCCUACCUGGCCUAGCAGCUGACUUCACGACGUACGACUGGGACAUUGGGUGUUUCCAGGAAGUGGACUCGAUGAAUGAGAUUGGGCCCAUCCUGACCAAGGCAGGGUAUGCGUUUGAGUACCAACGUGGCUAUGCUACCAAGAGACAUGGGCUUGUCGUGGCAUGGCGUGCACAAGCAAGCGAUCGCCCAUCGUUUGAUAGUCCUGUAUGGACCCAUGUCCUGCAUUUGGACGAUGCGGAGGCAUGGGGCGGCGCUGUGGAAGGUACAGCGCUUUCGCGCAUUACACGCAACACGGCGCUGAUGGUAGCAUUGCCCUGCGCUGAUGGUCAAGGUGGUGUCGUAAUAGUGACCACGCAUCUGUUCUGGCAGCCGCGGUACGAAUAUGAGCGUGUGCGACAAGUUGCUGCCAUUACGCAGGCGAUCAAUGCCGUUCGUACGUCGCACGAGGCAUGGUCCUCGUGGCCUGUGAUAUUCGCCGGCGAUCUGAAUGAUCAACCGCACUCGUCUACCUAUACUGUGCUGACAGGCCAAGGUCCUAUGUACAAAGAUGUGAUCGAGACGACGCUGCAAAGCUCGCGCAUUGUGCAUACAUCCGUGGACGAAGCACGGGGGCACCGCACAGUCCACUAUGCCAAAACUAUGACGGAGGAUGGCGACGAGGAUCGUGUCCUAGGGCGAUUUCGCUAUGGCCUCGACAAUGAACUACUUACGACGGACGAUUUACUCCGUCACUGCAAAGUCCAAGGCGCGCCUUCGAAGCCAUGGCAUUUUCAGAGUGUCUACGGCACACACUAUGGGGCGCUGGCUGGCCAGCCAGGUGUCGAGUAUUUCAAGGACCGUGGUACAGCGCCUGAACGGUACGAUGAGACGGAGAAGCCCGUGCCAAGUGAUCCACGGCAGUGCCAAAGCUACGAGCCAAAAUGGACGUUGUAUUCGUCGCUUUUCCAUCUGACCUUGGACUAUAUCAUGCUGGCCCCGAGUAUGGACGAGCAGGGGCCGGACUAUCCACCUGUGACCGCCUUGCUAGCCCUCCAUCCCACCGAUACACUGCAGCCUGGCAUUCCACGGCAAGGCGUCUGCAGCUCGGAUCAUGUGUUGAUAGGCGCGGAAAUCGCGUUGUAA